AUGACCUGUGAUCCUACACCGGCUUUGUUCCGCCAGCGUGAAUCGCUUUGGCUAACUCAUAAUCUGGCUGCCCAGAGAACUUCACAUCUCCGGUCUGAGUACCCCAACCCUGAUGCCCGUUAUUUCGCCAUCCAUAAACCGUGCAAUUAUGGCACGCUCUUCGCCAAUAAAUGGGUUGAGACUACAAGUUUGAACAAAAUGACCGGAGUGUUGCUUCAACUAGGUGACCGCUUGCUCUAUUAA